AGACAUGGAGACAAGAUCUACACACCAGAAACUCUCAAUCCUAACUGAAGAAGAUGUUGAUAUCCAAACCAUGAUGGAUAGUAAUCUUAAGGCAAAUGACUUUGCACGUGAACACAUCCAUGAUUCUGAACAUAAGCUUGAUAAUAGGAAUGAUGUAAAGACAGAACAUACUUAUGAUGAAUAUGAUAUGAAGACUGAUAGAGAAGGUAUAGGCAUAACAAUGAUAGAGAACAAUAACGAUCUGUUCACUGAAGAGAGGGAACAAAGACCAGAUUGGGACAAUGUGUAUGUAUCCUCCAAACAGGUACCAAGAUCGCGGAAACAUGCUCAAUUUAUAAGUCCAUCAAAUCAUGGACUCUUAACUGAAAAACUUGAGUCUUUGGUUCAUAAUGACAUUGAUGUGAAGAACAGUGAAAUGUCAUUCGAUCAUACCAAAAAUGAACCAGAUUAUAAUCCCAUGGUGCAUAUCGAUGACACACCAAUGGACAUCACCGAUCAUAUUGAUACUGAAAACACACAUGAUACUGAACUACCUCAGAAUAUUGAUAACAUUACAGGGCAUAAUAGUAAUGUUCCUAUACAUAUUGACAGUUCUCAAGAAGAUCCUAAUGUUUUAAACCAUAACUACCAUCUACUUCCCCAGGGCUGUUAUAAAAGGAAACCCCAACAUGUGAAGUUCAAAGGCGACAAACCAAAGCACGAGUUUCAUAUAAAUCAAUGUAAAAUUGAUCAUGUUCGUGAAGUAGAUUAUGAAACAGCUAUAGGGAUAUCUGGAUUAAAUAGAACUAUAGCAAAGAACUGUCUACCAACAGUAGACUUUGCUACAUCGGAAAAUACUGGUGAAAAUGAUAUUUCACAUACAACAUAUGUACAUCAACAUGCAAUACCAACUACUAGAGCCUUGUGUCAUGUCAAACAACAAGAGAAAGUUAAACAAGAAAAGUUAAAGAAACAGCCACCAAGUAAAGCUGAUCCUUUAAAGUUGCGAGGAUCUUCACUCGAGGGAUGGCCUUUAAACAGAAAACUAUCACCUAAUAUGCAAGAUACUUUCAAUGAGGAGCAAUCACAAGACAUUGGAGAUACUACAAAUGAGGAGAAUCAGAUAUAUAGAGAAAAGUUUCCAAAUAAACACAGAACUUUAAGCAAGGCAGGCUCUAUAGAAAGCCCUCCAAAGAAGGGAUUAGCUCCCAGAAAGCAUGGACCACCUGAUUAUGAGACAACAAUACGCAUAAGGAAAUUGAGGCAAUCUGAUGUUUUUCAAAAAGAGGCACUCAAACUAUUAUCACAAGAUCAUGUUGCAUUAACCCAGGAUUAUAAUGAAACAAUAGACGAUCAGUCCAAAAUUAUUGAGCCAUUAAAUGUUGACAAGUAUGACAAUAUACAUAGAUCUUCAACUGAUGACCCAGAGGAGCAAAACAUAGACGUACCAAACAAGGUAUACUGUGACCAUGAUGCAUUUAGACCUCCAAAUGAGUUUGGCCCACCUGAUUAUGAUCAGACCAUGGAACGCAGGGACCUACUGAUGAUAUCUGGAUCACCACAUAAAGAUGUUAAACAUGUGUCAUCCCGACCAAGCAUACCAUCCAGCCUUAGAGGUGUAC